CCUCCAAUGGUUAGAGCUCAAUGUUGACUGUUGACAAGUUGUUGCUAUUAGUACGUAGGUUAGAGUUACCCGCCCUUGACAAACGCUUAUCAAGAAACAUCUCCACAUGAACUUCGACCAGAACGGAUUCACCCGACUGUCAACAUGAUUACUCUCGUUAUUGCUGGUGUUGUUGUUAUUUACUGCAUCAGAUGGAUCUUGACACCAGAGCCACCACUGAAAUGCGGCAUUUACGUUCAACCCAACAAAUGGUACCCUCUCAAAUAUUUGUUUUUUCGGGUUCUUCUCUGGAUGAGAAAGCGACAAAAUAAAAACCGUAAAAAUACAAGUGGCGAGGAUGCUGGGUAUGGCAUGCGAUCGAGAAGUUCACCAGAGGACAUGGACAAAGUCCAGAUACUGCCUCCUGAACACCCAAAGGCUGUGGAUGCUGUCUAUUUCAAUGGUGGAAACAAAGAAGGGCACUUUAUAGUCACAGCGACAGCAAGACGACACAAGAAUCUUGUUCAGACUAUUGUUUUACUUCGGGUUCCUGGGGUGGGACUGUUGAUGAUGCCUUCGAUGCCAGACACCUGCCUUACUGGCCAAGGGGAGAGCUACUCGGCUGGUGGUCUCAUCAUGGAAGUUCUGGAGCCCAUGAAAACAUGGAGAGUUGCCUUCCAGGGGAAACUCAGACUUUCUGAGACAGGGGAAGAAAAGACUGUUAGCUUUGACCUGAAAUGGACAGCCAUUACAAACUUCUUUGAUUUUGACACUGACCUUGACCCUUCAACAACAGCAGACGCCAUUGCCAGGGAGAAGUGGUCAAGGGGAUACUUUGAAAAUUUGAAAACAGUGCAUCAGACCCACUAUGAGCAAUUUGGGGAGCUUGUGGGUGAUGUGUGUAUCGAGGGAUUGGAGCCGAAGACACUCUUGGUCAGGGGAGUCCGGGAUCACUCUUAUGGCAAUAUUCGAGAUUGGAAGUACUUCCAUCGAUAUGGUCUGCAGUAUGGCUACUUCAGUGACGGCACCUGCCUCUGUGUUGGUGCCAUCUGUAUGCCCAUGUGUAUGUCCAGACUUACUGUCGGCUACAUGUUUCUGAAGGAUGGCACUCUAGUCCCCGUGUCUCACACAGACUUUGAAUUCUUCAACCAUGGAGAAGCAGAAUCCCCUAAACAGAUGACUCUGGGCUUCACAGCAGGUGGCAAGAAGUAUGAGCUGUCCAUUGAUGUGGUUCAGUGUCCAGUGUUCUACAUGGGGGAAGAGUGGGAUGCUAAAAUCUUCGAGCGUCUGUGUAACUUCCGACUGAAUGGUGUGGAGGGUUGGGGCAUCAGUGAGUGGGACUACAGAAACUACGCUGGGAAAGAAGAGGAAAUGAAGAAACUAAAGGCCUCAUCAUGACUGAGACCAGCUGAACAGUUGUGCUGCUAACUGUCUAAUGUUUGAACCGAGUGACUGGAACAAGGGUCCCGGAGGAUUUCCUGAUGAGUUUUUCUCGCACCUGGAUGCGAAAUUCCACAGCCUUAUAACCUUGUAUCCUCGUCGCCAAAAUGUGGUAUCGUGACUAACAUUCUUCCAAAAGCACACGACACGAUUUGGAGAACAGCGGCUUUAUUUCGGUCGGCUGAAGCAUACAAACUUGGACGGGAAGCACGUAGCCCGAUGAUGUAAUGGUCCCAUCAUGCAUUGGGGUGCACAGGGAGCAGUUGUUUCCCUCCGGUAGUUAAGGGAGCGUUACGUGUCAAUUUGGUCACGUUAAUAGUUACAUUACUACAUUACUACAACAACCCUCUGGGUAUUCCUUCUCCAUUUGUGAGUCCAUUUGGUGUUAGACUUAGGUCUUGAUUUACCCAACAACUGUUUUGACAGAUUUUUGACCCCUUCAAAAAAUCAAGGUCUGUUAGUGCCAACUAUGUUAGGCUUUGUCAUAUGGGUAGAGCUGUGCCCCGUCACCCCAUUGUCUUUAGCAGGUGUUGCCAUAUUGUGUCCACUCUUUGGUCAUUAACUGUGUUCGUCAACGGUUCAAAGAAACAUUCUAUUCAAGACACAUAAAGCAGUAGGUUGUUAGUAUCCAUAGUCCAAACUUGAUGCGAAAAACUUGAGAGCUUCAGAGCUUCGUUAAUUAGUUGCUGACCAUUCUAAGCAGAGUGCCAGCUGAUCAUUUUAUGCAUGCGCACAUCUCACAGAGGUUCUGUUUAUGUUGGUGGAAUCUAAUCUAUGUCAUCUGUAUUGAGAAGAAUGCAGCUUUUUAACUGUCUCAUAGUCAAUGGGAUCUCCACUGAAAGGCUUAAUGACAUCAUGCAGUUUCUUCAAAUGUCGUGUAACAAACCCAUAGUCUAACAUUGGUCCAUACUGAGGCAUUCCUACAGGUGUGUUGUCAUUAACCAUAUUACUUUGAUCUUAGAUCCUUUGCAUGUGAGAUUUCACAGCCGACGUUUUCACAGAAGAUAUGUACAGCUUGACUUGUAACGAUCUCUCAAAGUCGUCGAUUACUUUUGUCUUCACCUCCUCAAUAGCAAGCUCAGUCUUUAUUUCUAACUCCAUUUCCUCCAUUUUCAACUCUAACUUGCUUAUCUCAAGCUUCUAAACUUCUUUUAGACUUGCAGCCUUUGCCUUUGAUUCUGCUUUCUUCUGUUCCUCAAAUAAUCUGGAUAACAUAGCCAGAGAAGCUGAACUCUUCUGACUACCGCCUGACUACUUCAACUUUCCACUCUGAAACACACUAUCAAUUGCAAUAGGACACUGUUCGACUCUGCGGUUUGAUUGUCAUAUCACCUGCCAGUCGAACAACAGAUGACACAUGGAUGUCCUCCUCCAAUGGUAUGGAGGUCUGUCCAACUCUCAUGCUUCCCAGGUCAAAGUAUACACAUACUCCAGCUUCAGUCCUGUUAACAUUAUUAACUACAACAAAAGUAUGCUCUAAGGUGGCACCUCUCCUAUGCAUUGUAGAAACUUCUGCACCUGAAUCUACCAAGCAUCUAAAUUUAUGUUUUCCAAUUUUAACUGUACAUGAAUUUGGUCUGCCUGCUAAAUUAAAUUGAGCAGAUAUUAUCUUCCUAAUGGGCUUCACGAUGAGGUAGUUAAUCUGGUUUAAAUCUUUACGACAUUCUCUUCAAAUGUCGCUGUUUAUUGCAGAACCAAAAGGUUCUUGAUUCUGUAUGAUUUCCAGAACCAGCAUGGCCAGAAACAGUAUUGACAUGUUGUUAUGAUUUACAAUCACGUGCAACAUGCCCUACUUUCUUGCAUAAAAAACAUCUGGGGCGGGGCCUAAAGUGAUCUACCUCCAUGGAUUGCACGUGUAGGUUCCUCUCUGGUGAAAGUGCAUUAAGACUCCUAGUAAACUGUUGGUCAGAUUCAGACCGCUCAGCAGCUGACCGUUCAAAGGCACCCCCUGAAACAUAGCAGCAUAGUCUAACACAACACAUAUUUUACCUGGCUUGCUUUGGUUGUAGACACUGUGAUGUGGUAUGUACCAUGUUUUACCAACUUCCACUACAGACUCUUCUUCUGGCACUAACUCUUGCUAAUCAUCUAACUCAUAAAAUCAUCAUAGUCUGCGGCAAACUGAGGAUUUCUAUUCGUCUUUUCUUUCAUCUUCUUGAAGCGUUGAAGCGCAUGUUGGUGAUUAUCAGGUAUGCUGACAUUGUCCUGGCGGAAUGGCAGAUCAAUAUAGUUGUGUCCAUCAUUGAACUCAUUUGUCUCAUCAACCAUAUUCAGGAACUUUUCAUCAUCUUGAGAAAAGGCCUUCUCUUCAUCUAGGAUGGAUUCUGGAAAAUCUAUGCUUUCAGCUUUUCUAGCCUGCUGAUUCAGCCGCCUUAUUUCCACAGUCUACUGUACUGCCAGAAUGUAGAUUCUAAUGACCUAGUGCACUGAAUGACCUUCAACCUGGUAUUGAUCACACCUAGCAGGGUGUUGUUGAUCUGGGUAGGGAGGUUUCCUCUUGUUGACAAGGGGUCGUGUGGCUGAACAUAGUGUAUUCCUUGUCUGAGUCUGAGGUAUUUCUGAAACACUGUCCUGAUGAAUGUGCACAUUGUCUUGCGGAGGUUGUAUGACUUGUGACAGGUUAGAAUGUCUAUUCACCACUUCCUCAGCCAAGCUGGCUACCUGUUGAUGUAGCUGUUGUACAGUAGUCAGUAAAGUAGUCAUAUCCGUUUGAUUGUCAUUUGCAACUUCUUCCGCACUUGGUCCAGCACUUGGAUUUGCCACAUUGAUGGUGUACAGUUCUUUGUACUGUUUCCUUGAUAGUCCUUGAGGCGGUCCUAUUCCGAAAAUUUGCUGACUAUAGAUCAUUAUUCUAUGGACCAAUUUUGAAAUUGGGAAUAAUGAAAAGGUCGGUUGUCACUAGUAAUGUUCGCGUAACAAAUUCUUCAAUUGAACACAUCUGGUAAUGUGAGGAUUGGCUUCUGGUAGUACUUGAAUGCCUUGUUAGUUUUCUCUGGUGGCAGGAGGCAUGAUGGAUCAUUCAAAACAUUCUUACUAUGACAGGAAGCUGUAGCCUUGAUGUAGUGAUAUCAAAUUCUUCGCAAAUUCUCCACUCACAAAACAUACCAACAUGGUGGGACAAUAACAUUGCAACUGCGUAUGACCUGAAAGCAGGUUAUCAACUACUGUGUAUGACCUGAAAGCAGGUUAUCAACUACUGUGUAUGAACUGAAAGCAGAUUAUCAACUACUGUGUAUGACCUGAAAGCAGAUUAUCAACUACUGUGUAUGACCUGAAAGCAGAUCAUCAACUACUGUGUAUGACCUGAAAGCAGAUUAUCAACUACUGUGUAUGACCUGAAAGCAGGUUAUCAACUACUGUGUAUGAACUGAAAGCAGAUCAUCAACUACUGUGUAUGACCUGAAAGCAGAUCAUCAACUACUGUGUAUGACCUGAAAGCAGAUUAUCAACUACUGUGUAUGAACUGAAAGCAGAUUAUCAACUACUGUGUAUGACCUGAAAGCAGAUCAUCAACUACUGUGUAUGACCUGAAAGCAGGUUAUCAACUACUGCGUAUGAACAGAAAAAAAAAAAUACAUCAAACUAAGGCCUGGUUCUAAAUCGGAAAUGGAGUGUAAAAAAACCGAACCUUUGCUGUGUAAACCAAGAAAUAUAUUAGCGUAGCAACAAUACAUUGUAAUUUGACAAAUGAUACCACACCACACUCAGUAUUGGUGUAAUAUUACAUUAAUCCUAACAUAUGGCACACAGUGUGACAUGUUCAAAACUCCUCGUGAGUGGACAUACGGGUAACUUAAUAACGAUGAAUAAAGCGUAACAUCAAUAGUCACAAAGCUAUACUGGGCUAUCACUCAUGUGUGAUGUCAUCUGAAAACAAAAACAUAUUAACAAGCAAACAUGAAUGGGAAACAACUCUAGAUUCAAGGUAUACACGUACAUAACAUGAUGCAUGGAUAGUGGUUGGUCUUCCCGUCAUUAUAAGCCUAGUUAUUUACAUUAACCAUCAUCUAUUUAAUGGUACAAGUGGUAUUCCACAAGCUCAUUUUACUGCUGUAGGACUAGGGGUCAUAUGAUAAUUUGGAACCCUGAUGUCAGCCCAUAAUAAUGACUGCUAGUCACAGAGACUAUUUGUUAGAUGAAAAAGGGGCAAUGGGGUAGUCUAUUGUUAGCCUAGUGUUAGCUUACCACAUCAUAGGUUGAGUUUGAUUUCACAUAUGGGUACAAUAUAUGAAGCCUAAUUCUGGUUACCCCUGCUUUGGUAUUGCUGGAAUAUUGAUACAAGGGUAGUAGAAGCACAGUCAUUCAGUCUUUUCAAACAAAGAUUAGAUAUUUUGUCUGCGAACAAAUGAUAAAUGUGUUGUGACCUAAGUUUCACAUUUCACUUCAUGUCCAUUCACACAAUGUGCAUGUCGCAAGCUUUCCUGAAAAUGACCCCAAAAUGUUUUACAAUGAAAGGAUGAAGACAUUCCUGUUUUACUCUGUUUAUUUGAAGAUAUGAACAAUGUUGAUGCAUUUAUGCCUCUGGUAUGCUGUGUGUUCCCUUAUUUUUUACCCAUCAGUAUUUAAUAAUCUUGCACUGUUGCUAACAUGACAUUAUCACCUCACUGAAGGUCAUCACAAGGCCAGAGGGUCCACUGGUACACAUCAAAGUCUAGUCCAGUCUGGACACGCUUGACUAAGGAAGUGCUCACUGAACUUGUGAUUGUUUUAACUUUCAUCAUUUAAUUGAAAUGUAUACCAUGAUGUGUAAUAUUGUUUGUAUUGUUCAGUGCUGUUUAUACACAAGUAUGUGUAUUUGAAUAUGUUAAAGUAUUUUUGUACUUUUGUAUUGUAAUUUGAUGACACAAAUAAAUAAAUACAUA